CGGCGACCAUGCAAAAAAGUUUAUUGGAGGCUCUGGACUGGAUGCGAUUCGAACACAUGAAAUUGAAACGACAACUCGUUUUUUGUCAUGGUCUUCGCCUAAAGGAUUUGGAAAUCUUGGUAGCAGUCAUCCUUUGGUUUAGAUCAGAUUAAAGAUAAACAGAGGAAGGUGUUGAUUCUCAUUUAUGACUGCUACAACCUGAUUAUCCUGAAACCCUACAGUUCCACAACAUGCCGGUGUUGCAGUGCCCGAUAGAUGGAUGCGAAUGGAAGUCACAGGACCUGGGUGCAGAAUUUGCGGCUGCUCUAACUGCCGCGCUCCAGAUUCACGACAGAACUGUCCACACAGCACUGGCCCGCCCAGCACCACAAAAGCUGAAGUUGGACCCACCGUCCAUUACUGCCGGAUGUGAUCCAGACCAAUGGUCAGCAUUCACCAGACAGUGGGACAUGUACAAGGUGGGAAUGUCUAUCGCUGACAACGUCCUGGCCACUGCCCUGUUCUACUGUUGCAAUUCAGAUCUACGCACAGACAUUAUGCGUGAUAUUCAGGGGGACGUUGCGAACAUGGCAGAAGCAGAUCUUCUGGGUGCAAUCAAGAGACUAGCUGUCAAAGACGAGAGCACCCUGGUCCACCGCAUUAAACUUAACAGGAUGACCCAAUCUCCUGGGACAGGUAUUCGGACAUUUUUGGCCAGUCUCCGAGGCCAAGCUUCACUCUGCCAGUAUAAGGCCACCUGCAAGGAACCGGGCUGUGCACAUGUUUUUGAUUUUAGUGAUGAGAUCAUCAAGGACAACCUGGUUAGGGGCAUUGCUGACCCAGAGAUUAUGUCUGAUUUGCUUGGUGAUCCUAAGACAGACAGAACACUGGAGGAAACUGUGUCUUUUAUUGCCCAGAAAGAACAGGGCAAAGUGACGAAAAGUGCAGUGGGCGACUCAGCUGGUGCCAUGUAUGCUGCUCGUUCAAGCCAAAAACCUGCCCCAGUUCCUGGAGCAAAAUGCUGGGCAUGUGGAGGCCCUGCUCAUGGUCAGAGGAAUGACCGAAAGACGAGGUCUAGAAACUGUGAGGCCUGGACAUUCACCUGUGGUAAAUGUGCAACAAAAGGACACUAUACCAAAUGUUGUAGUAAGUGCACUACUUGCGGUUUGUGGGGUCACCGUGACUCUUCAUCAAGAGCCUGUCGCCAGGGUACGAGUCUUAGGAACCCUCCCAAUUCACAUGUCACUAGAGGUUCAACAAAGGAUUCUGACUAUGAUAAAGCUAGUUACGUCUUCGACCAGUUGUGUUCUACAUCGGAGCAGGGCAGAUCAGCUAUUAGGACUAGCCAGGCUAUAGGAUCCAGAUGUCAAGAGGGUGGAACACCUCUCGAACAUUAUAUAUACGAUGGUCAGUGGGUGGCUAGACCUUCCAAACCCCACCCUAUGAUAUUAGUGAAUAUGACACCACUGCCAGAAGAACAUGCAUUGUUUGGACACCCUAUGCGAGAUGCCUCAGAACUCAAAUCAAUCACAAUGUCCAUGGUGGCCGACACAGGUUGUCAAAGUACAAUUAUACCCUUACAGUCCGCUAAAAAUCUAGGAAUAAAGGAACACGACCUCCUUCCUGUCAAACUUGUGAUGCGUGGGGCUAUUAGAGAGGAUCUUGGAGUUAUGGGAGCCAUUGUUGUUAACAUUGCCACUUGUACGGUUGAUGGGUCUGCAAGGUCAACACGUUUGCUCUGUUAUGUCUCAGAUGCCAUGGAAAAAGCUUUCCUCUGCAGGGAAGCACUCGUCUCUCUGGGGAUAAUUCACACUGACUUCCCACAAGCAACGGCAGAAACAUCCCCUGACAUCAAUGCCUCCAUGGAUAGUUGUGAGAAUAUUACCUGCUCCUGCCCAAGACGUCGACAGGAACCGCCACCUAUGCCCACGACUUUACCCAAUGGUUUGAGUGCAACAGAGGACAAUGUGGAAGCCCUGAAAGAGUGGCUUCUCGACUACUACAGUGCUACGACUUUUAAUGUGUGCGAACAUCAACCACUGCCACUAAUGAAGUGUGAGCCCCUCCAACUGCAUGUUGACCCAAGUGCCCCACCAGUGGCAGUCCACAAACCAGCACUUGUCCCAAUCCACUGGCAGGAUAAAGUCUAUGCUGAUCUAGAGAGGGAUGUUCGCAUCGGUGUGCUUGAGAGGGUCGAUUCGAAUACCCCCACAACAUGGUGUUCCAGGAUGGUGGUAACGGGUAAGGCUGAUGGUACCCCCAGACGUACAGUUGACUUGCAACCUCAAAACCGCCAUUCUGUCCGCCAAACCCAUCAUGUACCAAGCCCCUUCCAUCUGGCCGAUAGAGUUCCACAGGGCAUGAAAAAAACAGUGACAGAUGCUUGGAAUGGGUACCACUCUGUGCCAAUCCGUGAAGAGGACCGACAUUUCACGACGUUCAUUACACCAUGGGGGCGCUACAGGUACAAGGUGGCUCCACAGGGAUUCAUGGCCAGUGGAGAUGCUUAUAAUCAACGCUUUGACGCCAUUAUUGCAGACUUCAAAAACAAGGUCAAAUGUGUAGAUGAUACAUGUAUGUGGGAAAAUUCCAUUGAAGCAGCUUUCUUCCAGGCUUGUGAAUGGUUUGACCUGUGUGCUCGAAAUGGUAUCACCCUGAAUCCGAAGAAGUUCCAAUUUGCCCAGGACACUGUUGAUUUCGCAGGUCUUACCAUCACACCAACGAACAUACGACCAAGUACAAAGUUUCUGGAUGCAAUAAGACACUUUCCUACACCAUCUGACAUUACUGGUGCGAGAGCUUGGUUUGGACUAAUCAAUCAGGGGGCAUAUGCUUUUGCCAUGACAAGACAAAUGAAGCCAUUUCGUGCUCUUUUGAAGCCAUCUGCAAUAUUUCAAUGGACGAAUGAACUAGAUGAACUGUUUCACCAUUCCAAAGAGGUCAUCAUCCAGGAGAUGAAAGAAGGUGUGCGCCUAUUUGAUCCCACUCGCCUGACAUGCCUGGCCACAGACUGGUCUGUAGAUGGAAUUGGAUUCUUCUUGAUGCAGAAGUACUGCCACUGUGAAAGCAAGACUCCUGCCUGCUGUCCGGAUGGCUGGAAACUGUGUCUAGUUGGCAGUAGGUUCACACAUCCUGCUGAAAGCAGGUAUGCUCCCAUUGAAGGUGAGGCCUUGGCUGUAGUGUAUGCACUCCACCAAACACGGUAUUAUAUUCUUGGAUGCAAAGACCUCAUCGUAGCCACGGAUCACAAACCCCUUCUCCAGAUCCUGAAUGACAGGUCGCUCACCGACAUUGACAACAGGAGACUUCUAAACCUCAAAGAGAAGACCCUAGGAUAUAGAUUCUCAAUCGUUCAUGUACCUGGCAAAAGGAACCUAGGUCCAGAUGCAGCUUCAAGACACCCUGCUGGUCAGCCAGAUCGUCUUCUGUUACCAGGCGAAGCACCGGAAACUGAUACUCUCAGUAAUACAACAGAGUUCUACCGUGACACCUUGACACGCUUAUACCAGCACGCCGAGGAUAAUGAUAUGGCAAAUGACAGUGAUACAGUUGCCGCUGCAAGCAGUGCACUUAAUGCGAUCAUCACUGUUGUUACUUGGGACAUGGUACGAGAGGCCACAGCAUCAGACCCGACGUUUGUUGACCUUGUCAACAUCCUGGAGGCUGGGUUUCCAGAGGACUGCAGGGAGCUACCAGUGCCCUUGCGCCCUUUUCAUCGCUUUGCUGCAGGCCUAUGUGUUGUGGACGGUGUGGUUCUCAUGGGCCAAAGAAUAGUUAUUCCCCCUGUACUCCGCAAGCCGGUACUUAAUGCACUCCAUGCAGCCCACCAAGGAGUCAGCGCAAUGCGUGCAAGGGCCAUGGACUCUGUGUAUUGGCCAGACAUUUCAAUUGAUAUUGCCAGGGUGAGGGAACAGUGCGUACACUGCCAUAAGAUGGCCAAGUCCAACCCGAUGCAGCCUCCUUCAGACAUAACACCUCCAGACUACCCAUUUCAGAUGAUCUGCAGUGACUAUUUCACUUAUAACAGCAAGGAUUAUGUGGUGAUAGUCGAUAGAUACUCAAACUGGCCUAUGGUACACAGGUCAGAAUCAGGUGCGGAGGGCCUUAUCAAGCGACUGCGGGAGACAUUUGUGACAUUUGGGAUACCUGAAGAGUUAACUUCUGAUGGGGGACCACAGUUCACAGCUGGAAAGACACAGGAGUUCUUAAAGGCCUGGGGAGUUCGACACAGGAUUACGUCCGUUGCAAACCCACAUGCUAAUUGCAGGGCGGAGUUAGCUGUUAAAACAGUUAAACGCAUGCUCAUGGACAAUGUUACUGCAACAGGAUCCCUUGAUGUAGAUAAGUUCCAGAGAGCCUUACUGAUGUACAGAAAUUCUGUUGACCCCGAGACAAAAUCGUCCCCAGCAUUAAUACUGUUUGGACGACCCAUCCGUGAUGCUAUCCCAAUCCUAAGGGGUCGAUACUCUCCUCAUGAGACUUGGACUGAGUUGAUGUCGCAUCGAGAGAUGGCCCUUGCCCGAAGACAUUCAAGGGAUCAUGAGCGUUGGAAUGAACACACGCACAGAUUGCCUCCAUUGCAGGUGGGAGAUCAUGUUUAUCUGCAAAACUUGGUCGGCAACCAUCCAAGGAGGUGGGAGCGCACUGGGACUGUUGUAGAGGUAAGGCAGUACCACCAGUAUGUUAUCCGUGUGGAUGGUACAGGCCGAGUAACUAUCCGGAACCGACAACACCUUCGAAAGUUCACCCCUUUCCACGGCACUCCCUUGCCAGGUUUGUCGGUGACACCCGCUGUGGAACGACCACAACAAGAAGUUUCCAAUUGCCCUCCUCCAUCCAGGGUAACACCACAGGUUUCCAUGCCUCUGACUCCAUCACUACCACCAGGAGGUUCUCAAACCCCGCUUAGCUCAAGCGAAACACCCACCAAGGCGUCUCCUUCGGAAAGCAUACCAGGUAGGCCAACCAGGGCUUCUACUCCAAGGCAGACUACCCAAUCAACUUUAGAGCCAAAGCGUCUGAGCUUUGACCAGUCGGACCACCGAAACUCUAGUCCAGAUAGGCCUAUGACCAGUGUACCACGUGCCCUUGCCCGUCUUCAACCUUACAAUAAAGCAGGGACUAAGGAGCUGCUGACAUCCCGGAGACCUUGCCGCCGUGACAAUAAUGAAUGAUAUCCACAUGAGUUGUGCUGUAUAUUACAUUAAUUUAGUGUUACAAAGACUGCUUAGUGUUGACAAUGUCAAAGGCAAAGACUUUCUCCUAGAGGCUUUUUAAUUUGACCACUGCGCUUUAGGACUAAUUAGUUUCUUGUAUUGAUGAUUCAUUUGUGUUGGAUGUUUUUUGUUUACUUUUAAGUUUUCGGCGUACCCUUAAAAACUUGUCCCUGGGGGAGGAGAUAACUAAUAACUCUUACUUGUCUAUUAAUUACAGGUAGCAGUCAUCCUUUUCCACACUCCACUAUUAUGCUACAUGUAUAGGACUUUUCAACAAGGGGGAGGGGAAAAUUAGUUCAGUUUUGUAUUCAUUAAUGUGCUGUUGAACGUAGUAUACAUGUUUAUGUCGUGAUGGAAAAGGAUUUCAUCCUUUGGUUUAGAUCAGAUU